AAGAUCAAUAAAUAACAAGAAAGAAAACCCGAUCGUCCUUGGAAAAUUUGUGGGUCGGAACUCCCAUCGCCUCCAGCGCGACGCCGGCAGAGGGAUUUCGUGUUUUCUGGAAGGAGCCUCGGCAGAAGUUAUCGGAUCUUACAGCCGGAUAAGCAAAUCUCAAAAUGUCGUCUCUUGCAGCUGCAAGGGCUGAUAACUUUUACUACCCCCCAGAAUGGGAACCAAAGAAGGGUGGGUUGAACAAGUUUCAUGGCCAACAUGCCCUGAGGGAGAGGGCUAAAAAAAUAGAUCAAGGAAUCUUGAUUAUAAGGUUUGAGAUGCCUUUUAAUAUAUGGUGUGGUGGCUGUGAGUCAAUGAUUGCUAAGGGUGUGAGGUUCAAUGCAGAGAAAAAGCAAGUGGGAAAUUAUUACUCCACAAAGAUAUGGACUUUUACAAUGAAAUCAGCAUGCUGCAGACAUGAGAUUGUUAUUCAAACAGAUCCCCAAAACUGUGAGUAUCAUAUUAUUAAAGGUGCCCGAAAAAAGAUUGAGGAGUACGAUGCCGAAGAUGCAGAAACCAUGUUGCUUCCUAUUGAUGAAGAUAAAACUAAGCUGGAGGAUCCUUUUAAGCGGCUUGAGCACCGGGAAGAAGAUGUGAAAAAGAAAAAGGAAGCAGAACCAGUACUGGUGCGACUGCAGAGAAUUUCUGAUUCCCGGCAUUCUGAUGAUUAUUCAUUGAACAAAUCUUUGAGGGCAAAGCUUAGGGAUCAAAAGAAAAGAGUAGCCGAAGAGGAGGCAUAUGCUAGGAAAUCCGGACUUGGGAUAAGACUUCUCCCAAUCUCUGAAGAGGAUACAACUGCUGCCUCGCGUGUUAAGUUUGCGACAAAAUUUGAGAGGAACAGGAAAGACAAGAGAGCACUCAUUCAUGCAUCUUCCAUCUUUUCUGGAUCAUCAACUUCUUCAUGUGACAAAAGAUUGGAGCUCGAAGCAAAGAGGAGAAAGAUAAGUCCUGGCACUGCUUCAAAACUAUUGACAGGAGGAAUUAAGCCAUUAAAAUGGGCUAGAACUUCCAAUACUACUGGAAAAUUUAACAGGGCCUAAAGCAGAAUCUAAUACUCCAUGAACAAAAAUUGGUCGAAAACUAUCAACCUAUACAUGUUAUGGAAUGCUCUACUGUUCAAAUUGUGUUUUGAUCUGUGUAUAUAUAUAUGUGAGCCCUCAAAUUAUGUUUGGAUCAAAGAGACAAUGAGUGAAAAGUUACUGUAUUGUAAUGUAUUCUAGCAGUGAAGGAGAUUGUUGCAAUUCUAUUACACGACAAUGAGGAGGGUAUUUUUUGUGUUCUUCAA